UACAGCGAACUACUGCUUGAGCAAUGUUAACCAAAGUGUCCACUUGUAUACGUUUUUUUGGCACCCCCGGUAUAAGAAGUCUGAAGGACAUUCAGAGGCUUGCAUGGUGGCUGCAUGGUUGUUGUGGACCCAGGCUCUUUCCAUAUUUCAGCUUUACUAUCCUAGUUUAAGACUUCCAUCCUCAAGAUUAUCUCAUGGUCCAAGAGGAAUUCCAACAGCUGCAAACAGUGAGAAAGAAGGACAAAGAAUGCACCUUACAACUGAGUCAGUGUUCUUUAAGCUACCAUCCCAAGAGUGCCACACAAUCAUUCCUUCCAUCUCUGCCAGAAUUCCGUGGCCACACCACACAGACACGUGAGGCUGGAAAAUGCAGUCUUACAGAGGGUCACAUUGCUGCCCCAAAUAACAUUGAGGUUCAAAUACUGAGAAAUAAGGAGAAUGCAUAUUGAGUGGCAAGUCAUUAUCUCUGCCAUAGCUAGGAACGAAUGAGACUCCUCAUAAUCUGUGUCUUGUACCUUCCCAAACCAUAUAGGCAAACGACGAAAAUCCAAUCCCAAACCCCUUGUUCUGAGUGAAGCUAGAAAGCAGUUAAUGAUCUACAGACUACCUCAGGUCCUGCGGCUGCACCUUAAAAGAUUCAGGUGAGCUUGCUCUCCGGCGUCCCAGGUGGCUGUGGGAACCGCUGCUUCAAAGGCUUUGGUGAAGGCAAAUGUCUUUGCUGUUGGGAGGGGACGCUGGUUCCCUAGAGACCCUACGCUUUCCGUGGAGAUGACACGGGUCAUGCCCAGUGGGGCAAGUUGAUAUUGGGGACCAAUAUCAACUGGCUCCUGCUCUCAGGACUGGCUCCCUGUUUGAUUAGCUAGUCUGCACCAGCUGUCUGUGCUUGGAGAUUGUCUAGCCUCACUUAGGCUUAUAUAGUCAUUUUAGGAAUAAAGUAUGAGGUAAUCUGUGAAAAGACAGGCAGGCAGUAAACUACAAAAGAUUAUUCCCUGAAUUGGUUGUUUAGGGAUCUCUAGUUUCAGGGUACAUCAUGGAAGAUUCACAGGAAAUACAUGUGAACAUUGAUUACUAGUGUUUUAUUGACAUGAAAACCAAAGCUGGAAGGUUGUUUUGUCAGCUCCCAGUUUUACCCACCUCUACCUGUAAUCAUUUAUGCCCUUUUUUACUAGUAAGAAGUUUCUCUCCAUGCUCUAGGUGGUCUGGCCGUAAUCACCGAGAGAAGAUUGGGGUCCAUGUCGUCUUUGACCAGGUAUUAACCAUGGAACCUUACUGCUGCAGGGACAUGCUCUCCUCUCUUGACAAAGAGACCUUUGCCUAUGAUCUCUCCGCAGUGGUCAUGCAUCACGGGAAAGGGUUUGGCUCAGGACACUACACAGCCUAUUGCUACAACACAGAGGGAGGUUUUUGGGUCCACUGCAAUGACUCAAAGCUGAAUGUAUGCAGUGUCGAGGAAGUGUGCAAAACUCAAGCCUACAUCCUUUUUUACACUCAAAGAACAGUUCAGGGCAAUGCAAGAAUCUCAGAAACCCAACUCCAAGCUCAGGUGCAGCCCAGCAACAACGGUGAGGGCAGACCACGGACCUUCCCCUGAAUGGGAGGCAUGUAUCAAAAGACUGGCUUGCUUUUACACUAUUGGUGUCUGUACAUCUUUCCUCUUACAGGAAGUAAGGUUUACUGCAGGAACAGAUGACUAGGUUUGCCUCACUGGGUCUAGAGCAGAAGGUGCCAGGUGACUCAUGUCC